UUGACAUUAGAUAGUCGUCUGGCGUGCGCAUGUGCGCGCACGCGUCUGUGUGUAUGUGAGAAUGAAAUUUGGAGAAGGAAAACAUUUUUACUAAUAAAAUAUAUUAAAAUUGUUUUUUACUUAACAUAAGUUUGAAAAAUAGUUAAACAUUAAAAAAAUUUAUAAAUUGUUUUCUCCCGUGUGCUUAGGCUUUCUGUAGUUAAUUUGCAAUUUGUAAAGAAAGCUUUCUGGAGGGAAAAAGAGGGAGGGGUUGUUUGGGGAAAUUAAUUUAAAUGUGUAAAUAAAUAAGCACUUUUCUCUGUAUACAAUAUUAGGGAUAUUACGUAAUAAAAAAUGUACACAUUUUGCCAAACUGGGGUUAAGUGAUAUUUAUGGUUAUGAGAAAAACAUUCAUAGUUGAAGCUUUAAAGUAUUCUCUUAAGGUACUUUACCUUGUUACUGAAACCAUUAUUUCAUAUUCAGUGUAAUUGUUUGCUAUGCAACUGGAAUUUACUUUUUUCUUCUGGCUCCUUUAUGGGGGGAGGUGUAAUUGGAGAAAAAUCAUGAAAAGCAAAUUUCUUCUAUCAAAGAAAUAGUUGUUGAAGAUGUGAACAAGGCUGAGGCCUUAUAGUUACUCGUUAAAUUUUAUGGCUUAACCUGCUUUAAGAGCUAAUUAUUACUAAUAUUUAUUUUUUAGUAACUUCUAUUUACAGAGCCACUCAUAUAAUAAGCUGUGCCGAAUUUGACAGUUCUGGUGUGUAAUUAACUUUUAUUCAGAGCACUGACUAUGGCAUGUGUACGUGGAUUUUAGAAUUGGGUUAUAAUUUAAAUGUCUUUAAAAUGUAUUUUCACUGGUGGAUGGUAGUAACUUUACAACAUAAAAAUUUUAUCUGGAACAAUUUAAUAUACUUUCAUAUGUAAUGUUUUAAAACCUCUUUUAAAAACCAGGCUAACAUUAAAAUAACUUAAUGUAUAGUAAACAGUUUGCUGUGCUUUAAAGGUUUUAUGCUUAUUUCAGAAUGCUAUUCUGAGAUGCCAAAAACAUUAUUCAGAUACAGCAAGAAUCAUUCUUUUGUUUUUGAAGUCCCAGAAUAAACAUUCUGGAUUUUUUCAGAUAAAUUUGAAAGUAUUUUUCCUAUGCCUGGGGGUUAGAGUAGGGUGGGGAGAAUAAAAAUGGAUUCAGGUUAAUAAUUUGCUAAAUCUAUCCUUAUCUGCUGAUCUGUAAAGGGACAAUUAGCCUAAAAUUGGAGAGCCAGGUGAGAAAGAGCUGGUAAUAGUUUAGUUCUGUAUACCAAGUUCAUACCAGUUUCACACUAAGUAAGCUUCAUGGGGGGGAAAAAUCAGGCAGAAGGCUUAUCAAAUGAAAAAUUAUAUCAUAAAAAUAUGCCACCAGCAGCACAGGAUCUUAUAUUCUGUUGGCUCAUUACUGAAUUAGAAGGAAGAAUUUGAUCAGUUGUUGCUUUGUGGAACCUUACUAGAGUCCCAUAGAAUUUUUUAAUAUAGUAUUUGAGAAGCCCUGACUGUGAUUCGUCAUAAAUUUUCAAGGUUAUGGGCAGGUAGAGGUUCCUUUUUUUGUUUGUUUUAAUUGAUAGAGAUGAAUAAAUGCACAUUAUACUAGCUUUUGAAUAUUUUUAAUACCAUUUUGAGACAGAGUUAUACCAUUUUUUAACAUGAAAAUUUAAAUACUUUUAUUGCAGUUUAGUUAUGUGUUUUAGAAUAUUUACCUACAAAAUAACUAGUAUUAGAAAAACGUUCAGACACAUUUUUCAUUAAACUAAAUACAACAGAUGAAUUUAUAGAACCUCAAGAAUGUCAUAGGGAGCUCCUACAGAUCUAAUUAUGAACUGCAAGCAAAGUAAUGAUGUUUUAUAUAUUGUACCAAAACAGAUAGCGAAGUGAGUUUGAGAUAAACCAAAGGAAGGAAUUCCAGUGGAGUAAGUUCUGUAAGAGAGAUAUACUAUGGUGCUAUAAGCAGUGUUCUGUUUACUUCUCUGACUGCAUUCUUUGCUUGAUGUUAGAGAAACAGCAUUAUGAAAGAAAUGAGAAAACCAUAGAAAAAGUUUUAGGAAAAGUUUUUCAGUUUCUUUCAAUUUGCUGGUUUUUUUUAAAAAAAAUAAAGUAUUGUGAGGAGAUCCUAAACUGUAUAAGUAAUGUUUGAUGUGUAAUUGUUUCAUACAGCAUUAGCUAUUGUCAGUAAAACAUGCCAUUUCAAAAUAAAUAUACUUUCAUUAUACUUGUCCAAAUAUGACCUCUUUUUGUUGUGUGCAUCUCAGAUUUAUUUUUAUAAAUGUUAACACUUAGAAAAAGAUAAGGUCAGACAUAACAAGGGUGUCAGCCUAAUCAUCAGUCAUAACUUUAUGUCCACAUUUUCUGGUAGAUGGAUUUUGACUAUUAAUUUGGUUUUGUAUGUUUUCUCUAUGUGAUAUUUGUGCAUUAUUAGAUGACUAGACUGGCCAAGGCAGACCUGUUACACUUGCCUGACACUUGCCUGAGUUAGGCAUUGUUUGCCAUGCCACUAAACCUGCCGUCAAGUGAAACCUUCAUUGGGGAAAUGAGAUCGGAGUCUGAACCGCAGAAGAUGGACGCCCUGUCUCUGUUUUUUUAUUGUUUUAUUUUAAUUUCAUUUCUUUUUUUUUAUUUUGUCCCUUUUUUGUUUUUGUUUUGUUAAAUCUCUUUCACUUUAACUUGUGAGCUGGUUUUCCAGUUCUUAGUAAAUGGUAUUCCAUUAAGGGUUCAUAACAUUGCAUUGCAAAAUAUAUGGAGAGAUGAUCAGCAGAGCUCAACCUUAAGAUAAAAUAAAUUUUCACAGUAAAUUAGGAUACAGUGUUAGGAGUCUCAGUGGGAACACUAAUUGGUGUUUAUAGACUGAUCAGGUACAUUUUGUUGUUGAAACACUGAUAAGAUUAUUAGAAACAUUUUCUGAUCUCAGUGCAACAUUUUUGCAGUUUUUCUUCCAAGUCUACAUCUCCUGUAAAAACCAACUGAUAGCAUCCUUCCCCCUAGAAUUUUAGGCAUAGAGAAUCAGGGAAAGUAAGUAAAUUUCUUAUAACAGUUUUGGGGUAGAGGAUACAAAGAGACUUUUAUGAUAGUUACUCAUUUUAGAAAAUAACAUUUCCUUGACUUAUAAAGACUAGUUUCCUAUGAGGGGAAUGGAUAUUUGAGAAACUGUUGAAUACUUGUGUAUGUGUUUCUCUGUUUGCUUGAAUUUUUUGUUGAGAACUAUUCAGAGGUUACUAGCUUCAAAAUGGAUUCUGAGAUUUAGGACUACUACUUUAAUACUGUGAGAAACAUUGUUAUCUCAGUUGUCAUUGAGUAUAAUUUGGGAAAAAUGCUCAAUGCUUAUUUGUUUUAUACUUUUAUAUACUGAUAGCAUUUAAAGGGUAAGUUUGAUAGAAUUCUGUUUUGGAAAUUAAGUAAUGGAACUUCUAUCUUGAAGUAUCUUUAAUAGUAAUUAGAAUAAGAAAAAAUAGUGUGCUUACACUUAGACUUGAUAUUAUUGUUUACUACUGUGAGGCAGUAAGUCUGACAAUCUACUGAUGCGUUUUCUUUUUUUAAGUCAAAAGUGAAAGGCUUUAUAAUAUUAAGUAUUCAACGUUUGGCCUGUGUUGAAUACCCUUUUUGUUUGAAUAGUCUUUCUACAAUCUCUUAUAUGGAUAAUUUGGCUUAUUUAAUUGAAAAUAAUAUUAAAUUGGGACUUUUCUAGAUUGGAACUCUCAAUUUGUUUUUUUUUAGCUGUAUACAUUAGGGUAGCAAAGCACAGGGUUUGUACCUUAGGACUUCAUUUGAUUUAUCAAGAUGUGUUCAGGUUUUGCAAACAUUUAAAAAAUAAUUCCUAUUUAUAACAAAAUAGGUCUAAUGGCAAUAUAAAUAGUAUAGUAUAUUUGUGGGUAUACAGAUACAUGUGUUAAUACUCAUAACUAUUAAAUAUAAAAUAAAUUGUUAUUUGAUGUUUCCAUUAAGGCCUACCUACCUUUCAUUUCUUUAUGCAUGUUAAAAAAAUCUGUGCUUAUGCAGAAUUUACACUGAAAUAAUAAAAUAACUUUGUUUUUGAAAUUAGUAGAUUAAAGUAAUAUACUUUGUUCCUAUAAAUAAGGUUUGACCAUUAUUUAAGGCAAGUUUUAAAAUCCAUUUUGAAUUCCAUUCAUGUUUAGAGAUAUGUUUAGAUAACAUUGUUUAGAGGUUUAUCUUUGCGUAUCUGGUUGUUUUAAAUAGAGUUUUUACCAGUAAAACCCAGCAAUUUACUCCAUGUGCUAUUUUCAGGUUAGCAUGAUAUGUGCACUGUGUUUUAAAUUACUUUUGAAGAAUUCAUAAUGGAAAUGUAUAGCUAGCUAAUUAUGAGUAGUUCUUCUAAAAUAGCUAUAUAUAGUCAACUUCUUUAGAAAUAAUUUUGGGAAGGGGUGUAAGAGAGUACCAGGAAAAAUGCAUGAAAGUUGAAGUUCUUAUUAAAAUUAAUUGAUUAGAAUUUAAUAAUUAAAUAUGACAAAUUAAUAGACUUAUAUCAGAAUAAACUUUUCAGUUUUUAGUCGUAGGAAUUUUUUUCUUAUGGUCUAAGAUUAUUUUAGUGUUACUGUUAUUAGAAGAUGUUUAUAAGCAACACAUUUAGGCAUCAGCUGCUCAUCUUCAGAUAAGUAUACAUAAAUUGGUUCUAAAAGUCAAUGGUUUAAAAAGUUUCCUGAGAUUAGGGAACUUUUUGUUAGUUACUCUAAAAAUUUUUUAGCAGUUUCCCAAAGCAUAUUCUUUGGACCUUGAUUUUUUUGGAGCAUUUCUGACAUUGUUGGUGAGGUGCCUUAUUAACUGAAUGGGUGUAAGCUUCAUUUUAAACUGAAGCUGAUUACAUGCAGUAGGUUUUUGUUUCUUCCUGUCUACUUGAAAUUAAAUGGAAUUUAUUGAAAGGGUUAUCAAAAUUGUUUGCAUCACAAGUAGGUAGUUUUGAUAACAGGAUAGGGGCACUCAGUAAGGAACAAAUUUCAAUUCGCACAUAUUUGUUUUUUCUUUUUCUUUUUUUUGACUAAUUUGGUUAUUUGCCAUUUCUGGGGAUUAAACUUUAAAAAAUGUUCUUCUUUUCUGUAUCUGAUGUUCUGUGUGCUAUUAGUGAUGCAGCCAACACGAACGGUUGUCAUGUGUAACACAACUUUCGAUCACCGCGAAAACACCGUCCUGGGAAAGCGUCCAUGCUUGAUAUCGUUUGGUUCAUGAACAUUAAGUUUCCAGUACAGGUAAAAUCCCAGAGGAAUCCAAAGCCCUCUCUUUAUUGGUUCCUGCUCCAACCAUGACAAGUCUGAUGCCUGGUGCAGGCUUGCUUCCCAUACCGACCCCAAAUCCCUUGACUACACUGGGUGUUUCCCUUAGCAGUUUGGGAGCUAUACCAGCAGCAGCACUAGACCCCAAUAUUGCAACACUUGGAGAGAUACCACAGCCACCACUUAUGGGAAAUGUGGAUCCUUCCAAAAUUGAUGAAAUCAGGAGAACAGUCUAUGUUGGCAAUUUGAAUUCCCAGACAACGACAGCUGAUCAGCUACUUGAAUUUUUUAAACAAGUUGGAGAAGUGAAGUUUGUGCGGAUGGCAGGUGAUGAGACUCAGCCAACUCGGUUUGCUUUUGUGGAAUUUGCAGACCAAAAUUCUGUACCAAGGGCCCUUGCUUUUAAUGGAGUUAUGUUUGGAGACAGGCCACUGAAAAUAAAUCACUCCAACAAUGCAAUAGUAAAACCCCCUGAGAUGACACCUCAGGCUGCAGCUAAGGAGUUAGAAGAAGUAAUGAAGCGGGUACGAGAGGCUCAGUCAUUUAUCUCAGCAGCUAUUGAACCAGAGUCUGGAAAGAGCAAUGAAAGAAAAGGCGGCCGAUCUCGUUCCCAUACUCGUUCAAAAUCCAGGUCUAGCUCAAAAUCCCAUUCUAGAAGGAAACGAUCACAAUCAAAACACAGGAGUAGAUCCCAUAACAGAUCACGUUCAAGACAAAAAGAUAGACGUAGAUCUAAGAGCCCACAUAAAAAACGCUCUAAAUCCAGAGAAAGGCGGAAGUCAAGGAGUCGUUCUCAUUCACGGGACAAGAGAAAAGACACGCGAGAAAAGACCAAGGAAAAGGAAAGAGUGAAAGAAAAAGAUAAAGAAAAGGAAAGGGAAAAAGAGAGAGACAGGGAAAAGGAGCGUGAAAAAGAAAAGGAACGGGGUAAAAACAAAGACAAGGACCGGGACAAGGACCGGGACAAAGAUAAAGACAAGGAGAAGGACAGAGAGCGGGAGCGGGAGAGAGAGCAUGAGAAGGAGCGGGACAGAGAGAAGGAAAAGGAGCAGGAGAAGGAGAAGGAGCGGGAGAAGGACAGGCCCAGAGAGGCGGACGAGAAACGGAAGAAGGAAAAAAAGCCCCGGACGCCGCCCAGGAGUUACAAUGCGUCAAGACGGUCUCGUAGUUCCAGCAGGGAAAGGCGGAGGAGGAGGAGCAGGAGUUCUUCCAGAUCCCCAAGAACAUCAAAAACCAUAAAAAGGAAAUCUUCUAGGUCUCCAUCCCCUAGGAGCAGAAAUAAGAAGGAUAAAAAGAGAGAAAAAGAAAGGGACCAUAUCAGUGAAAGAAGAGAGAGAGAACGUUCAGCCUCUACGAGGAAGAGUUCUAAUGACAGAGAUGGGAAGGAGAGGUUGGAGAAGAGCAAUGCUUCACUUAAAGAGAAGGAGCACAAUAAAGAGCCAGAGUCCAGCGUGGGCAAAGAAGCCGAUGACAGGGAUGCGCCAAGGACUGAGGAAAACAAAGUACAGCAGCAGAAUGGGAAUUGUCAGCCAAAUGAAGAAAACCUCUCUACCAAAACAGAAGCUGUAUAGGACCGACAAAUGCACCUCUCAACACACGCUGGAAUAAAAUCCAAAGCUUUUAAUUCUCUUAACAAGAUGUUAAACAGUGAAGAAAUCCAGUUGAGUAUAAAGAGAUGAGCUAACAGCUUGUCUAGUUGUUAGAUGGCUUUGUGGCCAUCUUGUUACUGAGUAAGAAAAUUAAGCAUGGAUAUCAUGAAGAUAACUGAUGUUACCCAAACUCAUCUUCUAAAAUCUGUGCAUUUCCAUGGUGGCUGACACACUUGUCAUGUGGUUUGUUAGUGUUUGCCAAGAACCAUUACAAAGAAAUGGGACAUCAAAAAUCCAGAUUUGUACUAUCUGCAAAGACUGGAGAUAAGCAUUGGAGGCUUUUAAAAAGUGCUAGUUACUGAAUUUUGUAUUUCACUUUUUUUUUUUUUUUUAAUUUCAGUAUAUACAGAUUGAUGAUGUGCUUGAAAUCGGUGCAAAUAUAUAUCCACUCUUGUAAGUGCAGAAUAUGUAAGAAGUUUUAACACUUACUCCACAGGAUUUAUAGUCAUUGUGUUAAAUUCUCACUAUUGUGUUUCUUUUUCUCACUGUUUAGGACAGCAGUUUUUCUUUAAAAUAGUUUUACAGAUUAAAAAUUGCUUAAAUAAGUGGAUUAAAAAACAACUGACAAUGCAUGCUACUACUGUUCUCUUUCAAAAGGAAGAACAACUGUUGAAUACUAAUAAUAAUGUAUUAGUAUUCAGUGUUUAGAAUCAUUGGGUUUCCCCACAAAGUAAGCACUUCUUUUUUAACUUUCUUGACAUUUCCAAACUUAUUAUGAAUAAUAUUGCAGUGUGUGUUGUCAGCAGUAGGUGUUAAAGGUGUCAUUAUAAAAAGAAAACUUGGGUUUUCAAAAUGGGCUAUGGGAGCACAAGCUGAAGCUUUAGUGCCUUCUACAAUGUGGUAUACUGUUUUCUAGAAUUUUAUAUGUACUAGUCAUACUCAGUUCAUACGGAAUUUAGAUGGAUAUCCCACUUACUCCCAUAGAGAAGUGUGCAAGCUGAUAUGUCAGAAGAGCUUCUUACUUAGUUCACCUGAUAUGAGAGGGAAGUCCUGUUUUCAAGAAUGACUUUAGAGCUUAAAGCAACAGUGCAGUUUUGGGACCAUCAGUUUUAUACUGUGAUAAUUGAAAAUGAAGCAUGUUCUUAAUUUACUUAUAGCAAAUCCUUUAGUUGUCUACAUGGGAUGGCCUUAAUUAUUACCUCUCAGUCGUCUUCUCAUAAAUGAUGUGCAGAAAUUGAACUUAAAAGGUGAAUACAUGAGGUGGUUUUAUGUUUAAGGAUAUGCUUACUUGGUUUAAAAUAUAGGUCAUCCAUCAUUCUUAGGUUCACUUUUUGCAGAAAGUAUGCAAGUAGUGAAAUGACAACAUUGCUAAUACUUCCCCCCAAACCACAACUCAUAGUUUCAGAACUCCUUUCAUUAUUGUUAUAUUUCCAAAAAAAGUUAUGCCUUUUAAUUAGUAUGUUAUUGAAAAAUCAAGUUUAAUUAUUUUAAUACAAUCGAAUACAAUCAAAUUACUCGGUUGCCUUACCUCAUGGGAAGAGUUACUUACAGACUUAAAAGGCUGGGUAGCGCAUCAGUUACAUGGUUUCAACUUGAGUUUUCUUCUAAGGUUAAUAUAAUUGAAACAAGUAUUGGGUGGAGAAUGGGAAAAAUUGCCCUUAUUGCAAAUAAUGAAACCUGGUUUGAUUAUGAAGCUGCUUAAUUACUCUUCAUGUGUCCAGAAUUACUGUGGUAUUUUUUUCCUUUUUGUCACUGUGUACAUUAAAUUUUUUGAAAAUGCUUUACUAUGUAAAGUAUAGAUGGUCAUUUUAAUCAUUCAACCACAUGGUUGGCUGGUAAACAGCUUAUUCUGAUAGAAGAAUGCUUGGUGACUAUGGAAAGAUCGUGAAGGAGUAUGUAUGUCUUGCAUCAACAGCGGUCUUAUUUAUGAUAUGUAAGUAGAAUAGAGCAAAUGUUGGACUAUCUGUUAUUUUUAGUACCAUUUCCUAAUAAAGCUAAGUAUUUUAGAGGAAAGUA